AUGAUAAAAGGAAUAUUCAUUUUCAAUACAGAUUAUGAGACAAUAUUAACGAGAAUAUACUGUAAAUCAAUAAGUAUUAAGAGUAUUAUAAGUGUUUUAAAAUCUAACAACGAUUCUAAUUUCAUUGACUUGAACAGUAAUAUAAUUGUAUACAAGCAGUAUGACGAUUCAAUAAUAUGUUUUGUGGCAAAUGAGGAGAAUGAAAUGCAUAUUUUAGCUUUAAUUACUGUUUUAAUGAAUACUAUUGAAAGAAUGUUAGGUAGUCUCAAUCAUAAAUCACUGAUUUAUCACUUUAAGGAUACUUACGCAAUAGUUGACAAUUUUGUUUUAAAUGGUGUGGUAAUUGGCUUAAAUCCUGCUGAUAUUCUUAGUUCUUUAGAGCAUACUCAGUCUAUUAUAGAUCAAAACAAUCAAUAG